AUGGUUUACGCUCAGUCAGAGGUGUAUCAAACAAUGGCACCGGCACAUGACUGUUGCUGUCAAUGUGAUGAUCCAUGUCAAUACAGUCCAUAUGUGCGAAUGCACGGCGCUAAGAUAUUCUCGUCGAAGAAUAUUUCGGAUGAGAACGACAUCGAGGAUCCUUUGUGCAACGAUGUUAAAAUCAAAACACUCAUGAUCGAGAAUCUCACCAAAGAUGCGACAACAUCAAAACGUUCCAUUCAGAAGACACUCGAGGAGAAAUUCUCCACAAAAUUCAAUGUGAUCUGUGCGCUGGGUGACUUCUCAUAUGUUGCAUACACAGACAAAUACUGUCAAACAUCCAAUGAUCUUGUUACUUGUUAUGCCUUCAAACCUCUUUGA